GUCUGCUUUGCUUCCGUCCGAGCUGACUCGUGGCUGGCCGCUUCAUUCGUGUUGCGAUGAAGUGAUGAGCUCUAACACAUCCUGAUUGAUGGACACAGCAAAGACAAAAUGUGCAUCCAUGUUGGUGAGACCCUCAAUUUAAUGUCGUCAACCCACCUUGAGUGCAUCGAUUUCUUCCUGACGCCUUCGGGCUCUCUCCUCAUAAGUCUGCAUGAACCAACCGCAUUCAUGUUGACGGCAAAUUUUCUGUGCUGCUUUACCAUGGUUUGCGCCUGUGGUCCACACAGCUGCUCCAUUUGCGCAAGGGCCACUGUGUAUGAACCAAGCCACGUGUGCGUUGGGGUAACAGUGUUCACAACUUUGUGCAGUACCUGUGAGGGCAUUCAGCUCUGCCAUGACGCCGCCCAUCUGCUGCUUGCCCUGUAGGCAUCCAGCAAACCCCCGAAGGGAUUAGGCGAAACUGUCAGGUUGAACUUACCUCCUUCAGUUUGCCCCGCUGGAUGGUCAGCUGGUCCUUCAAAUCACGCUGCGUUCAUGUCACAACACAGAGACGCAUUGGUGCAUCACUGCUGCGCCGGUGGCUUGCCUUGUAGGCCUUCUCUGCCUUGAUUUCCUCUCGCAACGCAGAAAGGGAGGCUGCAUGCACGGUGCCUGAAUUGCAACAUACUCCUGUGGCCACUUCAACUCGGCUUCCUUGUGGAUACGUCGGCCAUACCUGCCUGCCUCUGCGCUCGUCUGAUCACGUUGACGCUUGCCGUGAAGGCGUGAGCAGCACUGCACGCAAUACAGGAUGUGAACUUGUGCAAUGGAUUCUCAUGUCAUUGAAAUCCACACCGUGUCAUUUCUCUCGGCAGCUUCCUUGCUUCCUGAAAUAAGGAACACCGUGUGGCACAUAGUGAGUCGGUUGGAAUCCAAGGGGAGGCGAUCACCUUGCUGCGGAUGGCAUACAAUUUGCCGCGGACCAGGCGAGCCCCCUGGGUAACCACUCCCAUGGCAGACAGCUGGAGUGUUCAGGACACCCAUCAUGGCCGUACCUGUUUGAGCUGCUGGACAGCAAAGGUGUAGGUCUGUUCGAGAGCAUCCCUGUAGGCACUCUCAUUCCGAUACACGAUGACCUAAAUCGGGAGAAGAAGACACAAUGUACGCCAAGGAGACAGACGUGCAGGAGAGAGAGCAUCGCCGUACCUGCUCCUGCAGCUCCCUCUCUCCCUGGCCCACCAACGCCAGUGUCUCCUCGAGAUCAGAUGAAAGCUAAAUGAGACACGGCGAGAGGAAACGGUACCGGCGAGUUGGCAAUCAAAUGAUGUGUUUACCUCCUGUAUUUCUGCUGUCGCUGCCUCUACAGUGGCAUUGAGGCCCUCCAAACUCUGAGACGGACGGACAGGAAAGGAGUUCCGUCCCAUGUGCGAAGCGCCUUGUGUAUCAACCUGUAUCAGGGCUGCCUUCUGUCUGCUGUUUGAUAUCUCAUCCUGGCUGCACGCGUCAUCCUGUAAGGACGAGACAUGCGUACAGAUUGAAGGCAGGCGUCGACCUCACCGUGCUUCUCUCUGCAGCAUCCUUCUGCCUGAUGUGUGCCAUCAAAUCUGGAAGGUGGACACAAGGAAGUGUACACUGAGUUAUGCCUGUCUUCGUGGAUAUUGAGUGCCUGCCUCUGAUUUUGUCUUUGACAAGCUGCAGGGGGUCAUCGCUGGUGCCCGUCGACGCAGGUGAAGUACCCACCUACACAGACAUACACACAGAAGAGGGCGAGCUCAUGGCUUCUGUUACUCCCCGGCUCAGCCCGUCACCUUUACAUCAAGUGUGUCGUCCUGCUUAUAUCGAUGCUCUUCUGCUGACACUUGUAACAAGCUGAGGGUGCCAAGAGUCGGCACGACGAGGCUCUCGUGGUUGAUGUUUGACAGCAUGAAGAGCACGUCCUGCAGGGCCGCCGUCCCAGACGUGUGCUUGCGCAACUGCAACGACAUUGCAAAAGAGCAAUGGCGUGAUCGCAGCCGCAGAUGCCUCCUUGUCUGCUUACAAGUUUUGGAAGGUAAUCGAGCUUGAAAGCGCAUUGCUUUUCUAUGCUUUUGCUGCGACGUCUGUCCGAAUCCAGCUGCCUCUCUGAACGAAACACGGUCAUCGUUGGACACCUGAAGAUCCCGUACAUACACGCAUACUCGUCAGUCUCAGUUUUCGUCGCAGCAUUCCUCCUGCCUGCUUCUUCUCGGCGAGAAGAGGCCCCUGACAGAUGUAUGGAGAAUCGGAGAGAUGCAUGAAGCGUGUGUUCACCUCUGAAUUGAUGCUGUCAUCGAUGUUUUGCAGCUGGUCUUGUAGUGCUGCCAGGGCUUGAUUCUUCCGCUCCAGUUGCGCAACCAGCUGGUGUUGCAGGGAAAUGGCAGCCGAGCCCAGCUACGGAAAGAGAAUGGUAGACGAACACCGUUUUCUUGCUUUUUGUGUCUUCCACGAUUCCACGACCUGUUUGCGUGUGUCGUGCAUUUCUUGGAGGCUCUUGUUGUUGAGUUCGGAUGGAGAGUCCGUCGGAGUUGCAGAUCCAAGCUGAUGCACAAAGGUCAGCGCUCAGCUCUGUUUGCCUAUCCCUCUCUACCUGAGAAAGAGGAGAGGGAGGAUCUGAAGGCAGGAGGGAAGUGGUCAUGCCAUCUGUAUUCUCUUUCUCUUCUGCGUUGUCAAGGGCCCUUUGAGCUGCCAACUGGUCUGCUGCUCGAAUGGCGGCUUCGACCGCCUGUAUCUGUUCUUGCAAGGUGUCCUGCCGCUGUCCAUAGGAGCGACGCACGGAGAGGAUAUCUACCCCAGAUGACCACAAUGCAAAAAGCCGAUGCACGGAUCUCUUGCGGUCCAUGGUACCAUUCUCCAUUUGGUGGAUGCGCUUUCGUGUCUCGUUCUUCUGGGAUUGCAGUUUGAGUGCCUCGGCUUCAUGUGAUUCGAGCUCAGUCCUGGCAGCUGCAAACACACACAACAGCUGGGCCGGACGGAGGAGUGAGAAGGGAUGUGUGUCUUACCUUCAAGAUCCGCCUGGAUCUGCCGUAUAUCCUCUGCCAAUCGACGCUGUCUCUCAAAGCCCGUCGCCCUGCUUCUAUCGCACCUGAGCACACAUCGAAGCGGCAACAAACAUACUCAUCGGGAGACCCGCACACCGCAUGGCUUACUUCUCCUUUAUAUCGGCGCGUCGGUCGUGGACCUCAUUGCCAAGUCUGUGCAGGCGCUGAAAGAGAUCCUUUAGAGAUCCCCCGAGCUGCGCGGCCGGACAAGAUCUGGUACGGAAGCUGUGAUGUCACUUGUGCUCGAUGAGCGCACCUGUCUGAGCUUGGGAUUUCUCCUCCCCUCAGCGUUGCGUAAGAAGGUUGCCGCGCUGCUUGGCCACGCGGACAACACUACAGACAGGACAAGCGGUACUGCCCCCAAUCCAAUCUGCAUUCAGGCGCACAGAUUAAUUACGCGUAAACACUGUGCAAAUGUAAAAGAAAUAAAGUGUUAUAGGUUUACACGAGACAGAAGUCCCGGACGUCGUGUUGCGGUACCUCUGGGCAGGUGGGUCUUGUGCAGUGUGUACAUGACCAGUCCAACAUCAACUUCUCCGUCUUUUUCAUCGAUCUUUGUUUAAGCGAUGUUGAUCACCGUGUGUGCAUUAGCCAUGAAUCCCAUUUAAUGUCUUUCACCAAUAGCUCGGUGUCCCACUUCUACUACGUGAUCUUGGUCUUGAUUUCCUUGAUGUGUUUCUCCACCUCGGUCAAUCGCUCGCCCAUCGACAGCUGUCGCCCAUCCAUCUGCUUUUGCUGUGACUGCAUCUCUAACAGCUGGUUCUGCAUCUCCCGCAAUACUGGGUUGCAUCGCAAGUGCAGAGAUGACUGGGCUGUCUUGUUUACGGUCAUUAUCACCUGACAGCGUCUCGGACUGAGAAGACUGGUUGUACUUGACGGCUGCAGAGCCAAAACGAGACACAACUUAUCUUCUUUGCAGUCUGGCCGUGUGCGUUUCUGUCACACCUGCCAUGACGUCAGGGAAGUUUGAGUCGUGAUGAUCCGCGGCCUCAAUCCACUUGUCGAUGCUGCGUUCGUAUUUAACCCAAUGGCUCUUGUCUCUGUACUGCUCGCUCCGACGUCUCUGCACACAGAUUCCAAAGGAAAGAGACUGGACACCCCAUUCUGUCAAUAUUUGACGUUCUCACCUCUUCUGACGUGAGGUAUAGAAGAUAGAAGGGCAUCACUAGGAUGAGCAGGGCUGUUUGGAAUGCCUCCCAGUACUUUCCCUCCCGUAUCUCUUGUUGAAACUGAUCCAGUCCAUGGUAGAUUUCUAUUGGCGUAAAGGCGACAGCGUGUAGCAGGGCGUCGACGGUGACGUAGAUGGCCCUCAUCGACCAGAAGGCAAUGCAGCAGAGUGCCGACUGCUGUUGUCUUUGUUCGCUGAUGAGUUGGCGAGAUGCCGCAGGGGCUCCGACACGACCACAGCUGCAGAGACACGAUAAUGCUCACAUGGGAUGGGUGCAGCUCAUGUCUCUUGUCGCACCGACCGAUGAGGUUGAAUGGCGGUGGGAAGCGCUCGUGGUGCCGCAUAUUCAGAUACUCAUUCAACACGCGAACGCGCAGCAGCCUGCAGAGAUGAGCGAAGAGAGAGGGAGCCCUUAUUUUUCGCUGUGUGACUGUCUGUCUCUUUGUCCCUCGGCUGGUGUCUUGUACUGGUAUUGGGCUGUUUGUGUAUGCUCGAUGGCCGCAUACGUCGACGCCUGACAGAUACCAGACACACAGACACGCAACAGAAAUGAAUUGAGCCCAUGUAUGACACACUCUCAGGUCCAUGUCUCACCAUAAUGGCAAUGAGCAGAUUGAGCUAUUGAUGCAGAGGGAGAGAGACAACAGAGGGAGGGAGACAACAGAGGGAGUGGUGCUGAGCCUGCCGUACGAGUAUGAUGGAGGAUAGGAUGACGUAUGUGAACAGCAGGGCGGCCCCCAGCGUGUCGUGGCUCUCGAUGGCGUUGGUCAGCGCGUCGUUGAAUUCGCCAAGGCCCGCGAAGAAACUACACAACACAAGAAGACGGAGAGAGGUGUCCCUUUCUGUCUGUGUGUCGGUGUCAUCGAGUACAGUGUGAGUGUGGCUUUGGCGAAGGAGCCGAAGUACUGAUGGUCUUCGUCGGACGAGAGGAGGGUGAAGACGACCGCGAAGACCAGCAGGAUGUAGACGUACAGACACAGAAACAUGCUGAUGUCCGAAAACAUCCUCACAACCGCACUGACACAGACACCCAUCACACACAGCAUGAGCCGCCUCUCUCAGUGUUCGCUCUCUCUCACUGACAGUAUGAGUGGUCCGACGGCUGGGUGCAGGCUGGCCGUUUGGAGGAGGCGCAGCGCAAAGAGGAGCGCCACGACGAUCCCUGAGCCGACCUCCGCGUCCAUUGACCAGCCAGUGAAGUGGAUGGCAAUGAAGCCGAUGAUGGAGACGCCGGAACACAU